GAUGUAUUUCUGCACUGAAACGGAGAGUGAUUACAUGUGCACAGAGUCCCAUAGAUUUUAUUAAGGAAGUAAGAAAGAACUAGAAACAGAUCUGGUGCUACAGAAAACGGACAAGAAACAAUCAGAGAUGGAGCUUCUGACAACCGCCUUCGCCAUCAUUCUUCUGUCUACAACAGCCUCCGCUAAUCCGAUUGGUUGGCGACAGCAUCAUGAUGCUGAGAUUGCUGACAAUGACCUGAUGCAAGGAAGGCUGGAAGGGAAUACCAGGUGGCCUUCUACUGAAUCUUCCAGCUACAAAGACUCGUCUUCAGAGUCGAAUCAGUCACCGGAGUCUUCGGAAUCUUCAGAAUCUUCGGAAUCUUCGGAGGAGUCCUCUGAGGAGGUUUUAAUCACCGACCAGACCACAACGGUCAUUACCACCACUGCCAUGACAACCAUCACUAUGAUAAAAGGGAGUAUGGCCACCGCUGAGCCAGACAUGAUGAGCACAGAUGAGCCAAGGAAAACCGCCUCGCCAGGAACACCGACCACACCUGAUGCUGCCACGUCACCUGGAUGUGUGACUCGUUGUUUUACAGAGGAGAUUCCAACGGCAGCUCCCUUCACUGAAGACAGAGGAGACAACUAACCAACCACCUUCCUAUUGCAAAUGAAUUUUUCAGGCUAUUUGCAAGAGUUGUGAAUAAUAAUCUCGAAGAUUUUAAUGUAUAUAAAUGUAUUAACCCACUAUCUAUCGGCAAAUAAGAUAACACAUUGGGGAUUGAGCCUGUGGCCAACUGAUGAAAGCCCUUGCAUUUGCAGUAUUACGAACUGGGUGACAAAUCACAAGCGGCGCUCUCUGAGAAGUGAGAUCCAAAAACACAUAUGCAAUUAUCGCCUAUCAACAAAACGCCAACAUAUAUGAACAGAUAGUCAGUGAGACCAGUUUGUAACUAGAAGUUCCUCUAGAUUAACUAGCUAACUGUAUCACUAACUGCCUUAAGAUGCAUGUCCUUUAAAGACCACUAGAUGUUUGAUACAAAAGUACUAUAUUAAAGUAAUGUUUUGUAAAAAUA